AUCUAUUAUAAUAAGCUUACCAUCGUUUCCCACCAUUCUUCUCUCUCCAAAGAGCUCCAUCUCCUCUCCUUUAACCCCAUCAUCAAAAGUGCAAGGAGCGGCUGGGAAACCGGAAAGAGGGUGAGAUGGAGAUCACAAAUGUGAGCGAGUAUGAGGCGAUAGCCAAGCAGAAGUUGCCUAAGAUGGUGUACGACUACUAUGCUUCGGGUGCAGAGGAUCAAUGGACUCUUCAAGAGAACAGAAACGCCUUCUCACGAAUCCUGUUUCGUCCUCGGAUUCUGAUCGAUGUGAGCAAGAUUGACAUGACGACCACCGUCUUGGGGUUCAAGAUCUCCAUGCCUAUCAUGGUUGCCCCUACUGCCAUGCAGAAGAUGGCUCACCCCGAAGGGGAGUAUGCUACGGCUAGAGCUGCUUCCGCCGCCGGCACGAUCAUGACGUUGUCUUCGUGGGCUACUUCCAGCGUUGAAGAGGUUGCUUCGACAGGACCAGGAAUCCGAUUCUUCCAGCUCUAUGUCUACAAGGACAGAAACGUGGUUGCACAGCUCGUGAGGAGAGCGGAAAGGGCUGGAUUCAAAGCCAUUGCUCUCACUGUUGAUACCCCGAGGUUAGGCCGCAGAGAAUCUGACAUCAAGAACAGAUUCACUUUGCCUCCUUAUCUGACAUUGAAGAACUUUGAAGGUCUCGACCUCGGCAAGAUGGACGAGGCCAAUGACUCUGGCUUGGCAUCAUAUGUUGCUGGCCAAAUUGACCGUACCUUAAGCUGGAAGGACGUGCAGUGGCUCCAGACAAUCACCAAACUGCCAAUUCUUGUCAAGGGUGUUCUUACAGCCGAAGACACAAGGAUAGCGAUUCAAGCUGGUGCAGCCGGAAUCAUUGUCUCGAACCAUGGAGCUCGCCAGCUUGAUUAUGUCCCAGCCACGAUCUCAGCCCUGGAAGAGGUCGUGAAAGCGGCACAAGGCCGAGUUCCUGUCUUCUUGGAUGGUGGUGUUCGACGUGGCACUGAUGUCUUCAAAGCACUUGCACUUGGAGCUUCUGGAAUAUUCAUUGGACGACCGGUGGUAUUCUCCUUGGCUGCUGAAGGAGAGGCUGGUGUCAGAAAGGUGCUUCAGAUGUUGCGCGAGGAGUUCGAGCUGACCAUGGCGUUAAGUGGCUGCAGAUCUCUCAAGGAAAUCACCCGCAACCACAUCAUCGCCGAAUGGGAUGCCCCUCGCCCUGUACCCAGGUUAUAGAAAAAAAACAAAGAGAUCGCAACGCAGCACACAACGCCGAACAAGUAAUGAUUUACACAGAUUUCAUAUUCUGAUUUGUCUUCAACUCCGCCAUCUCUUCUCAAGUCUUGUUUCUGCCUAUAUCAAGUAAAGAUUCUGUAAUAAUAUAAUCAUGGCUACUUUCUGCCUUCUGUUCA